GCCCGCCCGACCCAGCCCAGCCCAGCCAGCCGGCCUCUUUUCUUCUCUUCGUCAACUUGAAGAAGGAAAAAUUUCUGAUCGAAACUAUUCAUAGUUCCAUCCUGAGACGGAAAUAAAAUCUUCUUGUACAUAAAUUGUUUAUUUUCUUGGGUUUGUUCCUUUUUUCCUCAGAUUCGACAUGGCCUCAAGUGGAAACAAAAGCAUCAACGCCAAGCUGGUGCUUCUGGGAGACGUUGGAGCUGGAAAGUCUAGUUUAGUGUUGCGUUUCGUUAAGGGACAGUUUAUUGAAUUUCAGGAAUCAACUAUAGGGGCUGCUUUUUUCUCACAAACUGUGGCUGUAAAUGAUGCAACCGUUAAGUUUGAAAUAUGGGAUACAGCAGGGCAAGAGAGAUACCACAGUCUCGCUCCAAUGUACUACAGAGGAGCUGCUGCUGCCAUAAUUGUAUACGAUAUAACAAAUCCAGCUUCAUUUGAACGGGCAAAAAAGUGGGUCUUGGAGCUUCAAGCUCAAGGCAACUCAAACAUGGUGAUGGCUCUAGCUGGGAAUAAAGCAGACUUGGCAGAUUCAAGGAAGGUGACUACAGAGGAAGCUCAAGCGUAUGCACAGGAGAAUGGGCUUUUCUUUAUGGAAACAUCAGCAAAAGCUGCAACCAACGUCAAUGAUAUUUUCUAUGAAAUAGCCAAGAGAUUGCCUCGCCUGCAGCCCGCUGCAAAUCCAUCAGGCAUGGUUCUCAUGGAUGGACCAGCAGACAGAGUGGCUAAUUCUUCUUGUUGUUCUUAGAAUUUGUGUUGCUUGUCUAUGGAUAAAUGUAUGUUCCAGUUCAAUCUCCUUAUCGUAUUGCGCUUGUCAUGACUACCCGAAGUUUCCAACUAUGCGUCCUGUUGUGCAGAAAUGUACAGAAAUUCUUUACAUAUUCAUGGAUACACCUGUUACUGGGCUUGCUUCUCUCUGUUUAAUAAAAUGCUGUGAAAUGCUUUACUAUCAA